CUCAUCGUCACCGCCGACAUAGGCAUACCUUAUCGAAUCUUUUUGACUUGGGACUCCGUGCUGGGCCGGAUAUAUCAUACCCAUGCUCAGUACGACCGCGUCCUUGACGCGGCUGCAUCGUGUGGCUGCUCAGCCUUCUAAGCGCGCCCUCCAUGACCUCGUCUCUCUCCCGGACAAGAAACCCAUCAUAGCUUACGGGCCUCCCGGAAGGAGUGCUACCACUGGGCACGUUGCUACUGUCUUUGGAUGCACCGGUUUCUUAGGGCGCUAUCUUGUUUCCAAGCUUGCUAAGGCCGGAACCCAGGUGGUUGUUCCUUACCGCGAUGAGGAUGAGAAGAGGCACUUGAAGGUUAUGGGUGACCUUGGGCAAAUUGUGCCUUUGGAAUGGGACAUCCGAUCCGAAAACCAAAUCGAGGAAUGUCUUCGCCACUCCGACAUCGUCUACAACCUCACUGGGCGGGAAUAUGAUACCAAGCGCUUUUCAUUGCACGAUGUAAACUCCACCGGCGCAGGUCGUAUUGCGUCUGUUGCGGCCAGGGCUGGUGUCCCACGAUUUGUCCACGUCUCUCACCUCAAUGCCUCUCGUGACUCUCCAUCCCGCUUCUAUCAAGCCAAGGCGGAAGGCGAAGAACUCGUCCAUGACGCAUUCCCGAAUGCGACUAUCAUCCGUCCGGCUACCAUGUACGGAUAUGAGGACAGAUUGCUGCAGAACAUGGCCGUGUGGCCCAUCUGGUGGAAGCUGAAUCACGGGCGAACACGCAUCCGCCCUGUUCACGUCAUGGACGUUGCCCAGGCCCUUACCAACCUCAUCUCCAUCCCUUCACUUCCCGGAACACUCUCGCUCCCGGGUCCUUCUACUCUCACCUACGCCUACAUCCUCGACCUCAUCUCCACCGUAACCUAUAACGCACCUUCCCGCGCACCCGUCGUUCCCAAACCUGUUGCCAACCUCCUCGCCAAGGUUUCCCAGAAUGUCUGGUGGCCCGUCAUUAGCCCAGACGAGGUAACGAGAAGAUACCUUGACGAUGUUGGUGCGGGUGCAGAGUAUGCUGAGGAGAAGGACGAGAAGGCGUUGGGAGACUGGGAUAAAGUUGGCGUUGUGCCGGAUGAGAUGGAAAACCACGCGAUCACCUACUUGAGGAGGUAUCGAUCUGCGGUGAACUUCGUCAGGCCAAUCGUUCUCCCCCCUAGACCCGUUGUCGGCCAGGUUGAAGAAUACUAGAGGACUAGACCGCUUCGAGGGGCUACAGACAAGUACAACUCCCAUCAUGUACAUAGCUCCGUUGCCCUUGUCCUUGCACACGUGGACGUUUCUCGUUCUGCUUCACGCAUCGAUAUCUUUGGCUUGCCAUGCCCCGAGUCGCGAACGUGAACCUUCUCGUUUGUGAGCUACUUAUCAUAAGAUGUCAUAUGUAGCCGUUAUUAUUCUUGAGUCGCC